UGUGUGUGUGUGUGUGUGUGCAAUUGUCUUUAACAAAUCCUGUUCACACAGAUACUUUAAUGAAGAUGCAGAAGAUGACAAUGAAAAUUACAGUGUGGCUCCUGCUUUUUGGCAUCAGUGGGACCUUUACUGCAGCUGCUGGACCAGGGAGCUGUGCCGGUCGAUGUGGUGAGGUGUUUGCCCGAGGUCAGUGGUGUACCUGUGACUUCAGCUGCCUGCGUCACAAUGAUUGCUGUCAGGACUUUGAGGCCAUUUGCACCACUGAUCAAUCCUGUAGGGGGCGCUGUGCUGAGACAUUUCGACGUGGGCGGCUGUGUGAAUGCGAUGCACAGUGCGCAAACUACAACACCUGCUGUUGGGACUACAAGCUUCAGUGUGGUGUCCGCAUGUCCGUUUCCUCCAGUGGGAGUUUCCACCAUGUGAAGAAUACAGCUUCAGGAAAACAAAAAUCACAAGGAAGCAAGCAGGGCUCCAACAGUGAAAGCGAGGAAUGGUACCAGGGAGCGAGUAACAUUCGGCUUACACAGCUGCUGUCGUCCAGCCCUUCCUUCUCCAGUGAGGCCUCAGACUUCCCAGGACACAGCUCCUCUCUGCUCAGCCACAACGCUCCGUCAGCGGGCCGCAGUGCUCCUCGUGGAGCAUUAGGUGGCAACUUGAACGUCCAGGUGGUGCUGUCAGAUGGAGAAGCUGCUUUAUCAAGCCAAGGUGUGAGUGCAGCAGGCUUCAGGCCCAAACCCAACCCGUUGCAGGAUGUAGCUCAAGUCUCAGGUGCGUUUGUGCUGGAAGGACCAGCAGCAGGAGUGGUUAUUCAGAGCGAUCUUUGCAGUGAUGCUCCUAUCAGUGGACUGACGGCUCUCAGUAACGGCACCGUGUUGAUAUUUAAAGGUGAGGUGUUCUGGUCGGUUGAUCCAGUCAGUCACUUGGCUGGUCGUCCACAGAGCAUCAGAGACAUUCUGGGUGUCUCUGGUCCGAUCGAUACAGUCUUCACACGUUGUAACUGCCAUGGAAAGACCUAUAUCAUCAAGGGGAAUCAGUACUGGCGCCUAGAUGGGAACAUGGUGAUGGAGCCGGGCUUUCCGAGACCUCUGGUUUCUGAGUUCCUGGGUCUGAGUGGAGGUAUUAGUGCUGCGCUCGCUGUACCGGCCACCAGAAGCAGACAGGAAAUGGUCUACUUCUUUAAGCACGGAGAUAUUAUGCAGAAGUUCACCUUCUCUUCAGAAAGCACCCUCGCCUGCGGCAAGACACCCAACAGCAUGAAGAGACGCCCCAGCCGUCAACCAGAUGGUUAUCUGAGCAAAGAGAUCAACAUCAAAGUGUCUCUGAAGGAAAUUCCGACCCCCGUCACCUCUGCUCUGUCCAUGCCCAACCCUCAGAGGACUGACAGAUACGAGUACUACAUCUUCUCUGGACCACUUUUCUUCAGUGUAGACAUUUCAGGUGACCUCCUGACGUUGGCCAAACCCGACCCGCUCGCUGUAUUCGCAGCAUCACCCAUCCUGAGCUCCGCUGUCCUGGGAACCAACUCGUUCCACAGUGUUAAACCUGCUCACCCCGUCAACUCCAUCAGACACUGGCUGUGGUGUGCGUAGACACAGAGGCAACGAGUCCUGAUGUUACUUGGCUUCAGUGUAGUAAAUGUACAUGUACUGAACAAGUGAUUUUACUGCUUUUUCUGGUAUAUUCAUGCAGAUACUUUUAUCUAGUGCAAGUGUAAUCUUACACGAAGCAACAUUUCAAGUGUUCUAACAAAAACAUCACAUUUAAACAACUAAAGCCCACAUUUUAAAAGUGAGAACUGCUGCUGCAAAUAAAAACUAAAUAAAAUCCA